AUGAUCACUACCAUACUACGUCGAUCUCUCCUUGAUGCAUCAAAGCCGGCGACUUCCAUUAAUGCGGUUCUAUCUCACCAACUUGCUCCAGCCAAACAUUUUAGGGUUCCGGAGAUGGGAGGCGUGAGAGAUCUCAGCAAGAUGACAUUUGAAAUAAAGAAUACAUCGGAGGAGGAGAAAGUAUCAAGCAAGGAUGAUGAUCAAGGUAACAAAGGGGAGCAAUUAAUCGUAAGUUAUUGGGGUGUGAAGCCAAUGAAAAUCACCAAAGAAGAUGGAACUCAAUGGAAAUGGACUUGCUUUCGGCCAUGGGAGACGUAUAAAGCUGACCUAAGCAUAGAUUUGAAGAAGCAUCACGUUCCUUCCACUUUACCAGACAAAUUUGCUUAUUGGAUGGUUAAAUCUCUUCGUUGGCCUACCGAUCUCUUCUUCCAGAGGCGGUAUGGAUGCAGAGCGAUGAUGCUAGAGACAGUAGCAGCGGUACCAGGAAUGGUAGGAGGGAUGCUUAUGCACUUCAAAUCGCUCAGACGUUUCGAACAAAGCGGUGGUUGGAUCAAAGCCCUUUUGGAAGAAGCAGAGAACGAGAGAAUGCACUUGAUGACAUUCAUGGAAGUCGCGAAACCAAAGUGGUACGAACGAGCUCUUGUGAUCGCCGUACAAGGAGUUUUCUUCAAUGCUUAUUUACUCGGAUACCUAAUCUCUCCCAAGUUCGCUCAUCGUAUGGUUGGAUACCUUGAAGAAGAAGCAAUACAUUCUUACACUGAGUUUCUCAAGGAACUCGAUAACGGUAACAUCGAAAACGUUCCUGCGCCGGCUAUUGCUAUUGAUUACUGGAGGCUUGAAGCUGACGCAACGCUUCGUGAUGUUGUCAUGGUGGUUCGUGCUGAUGAGGCGCAUCACCGUGACGUUAACCACUAUGCAUCCGAUAUUCACUACCAAGGUCAUGAGCUGAAAGAAGCUCCAGCUCCCAUAGGAUAUCACUGA